AAAUAUAUUUUUGUAUAUAUAUUGUUGAACAUCUGAAUUUUUGUCCCGUUUUAUUAAUAGCCGCCGAUUCUGUAUGUAGAAAAAGUAUAAAUGCAUCGCAUAUCAUUGGUUUUUAAUAAAUUUUUCCUAAAGUGAUUUUUUAAACAUUUAAAAAUGAUGAGAAAUUUUCAAUUAAAAUUAGUAUAAUUUGAAUAGUAUUGAGAAAAAUGUCAACCGUGUUGAUAUCAACACAUCUUUAUGAAAAAAGGCCUUUGAAAAAACCGAGAUUAGGCCCACCGGAUGUUUAUCCACAGGAUCCAAAACAAAAAGAGGAUGAAUUAACACAACAAUUCGUUAAACAAGGCUAUAGCAAUCGAACAUUGCAAGAUGAACACGAAUAUGGAACAGAAAGAAAUGCAAAUAUUAAUACGAGUAGGUUUGGUGAAUAUUUCAGCGCCAUUUUAGCCAAAAAGCACGAAUUAAAUACGUUCAGCGAUACGAGUAAAAAGAAACAUGUAGUUAACAAAGAUAGUGCAUUAUAUGUUACAGCCAAAACAAAACCUUAUGUUGAAGGUUGGUUCAAAGAUUUGGCUUCCAAUACAAAAUCAUUAGCACAUCUUUCGAAAAAAGUUCCAUUUUUCAAUAAAAAAGAAGAAAUUUUUGUUUGGCUAUAUGAAUAUUCGGUACCGAUGAUCAAAGCACAAUGGUUCCUGAAAGUUUCGAAUGCUCAUCAGAUGGCAAUUUCCGAAUCGAAUAACAAGUCGAAAAAACGAAAUCAAAUGCCUGAUCCAUCCCAGGAAUGGACUGCCAGUUUAUGUAAAACACUUAAAGAAAAUUAUAUGAAGAUUAUGGAAUCUACAAAUCCAAAUAUGAAUAAUGCUGGAAGUACAUUUUCAUCGAUGAACAAUUCUUUGAAUUCACCACCAAUAAAAAUCAAAGAACUUUUAAAUCAAUGGGAAUAUUAUACACGAUUAGCUCGUUCACUAUACGAAGAAGGUCUAUUAGAUCGACAUGAUUUCCUUUUUUGGCUAUUGGAAUUAUUUGAAAAGAUCAAAUCAAUAGAUGAUCCGUUGUUGACAUUGAUUGCUCCAAUGUUGGUUCAAUAUGUUAAUGAAUUUAUUCAUUCAGAAUUUCUGUCCCGUCAUCUUGCAUUCCAUUGUGCCAAAAAGAUUAGCCAAUUAGUGGCUCAUGUAUCAAGUGAAUCCAGUGUGGAUACGGAUAAAGAAAAUGUAAACGACCAUAAAGAUCCUGAUAAAAUUAGCUCUUCGAAUUUCAAUACAAAUUCCAAAUCGUCAUUAAAUGAAUCAACCGACAGUGUGAUGUUGAUCUCAUGUUUCAAAGAUAUAAUCGCUUGUUCAAAAUUUCAGGAACUUUUACUCGCUUUAUCUUGUGUUAUACAAGUCAUAACCAUUGAAUGUCCUACUGCAUUAGUAUGGCAUAAUUUCGACAGUUCAUCAUUCCUUGAUAAUUCGAAUUCGGUCAGUAAAACAGCUUUGCUACAUGGUUCUCCUUUAGAUUAUCUUCCAUGUGAACCAUCGAAUUUGCCAAUCCAAUCGACAGAAAAUGUUAAGCAUUUGCGUGAAAGAAUUAGAAGUUCAGAAAAUUUAAUUCGUCAUCGUAGUGCAAAUUCAGAAAAAAGGUGGUUCUUCAGAACGUUCGAAGCUGUUUCCUCUCCGGAUUCCGUUGGUAAUGUUGUCAAUCGUUUGCUCGACGUUUUAGAUUCAAUCGAUAAACAUUCAUUUGACAAAGUAACCUCCUCUAACCCGUUGGAUUCACUUUACAAUAUAAUCUUCAAUACUACAAUUCAUUUCGAUGGUGAUAAUUCUUAUGGCUCACACAACGAACGUAAUCGUGUCAAUUCAACGGCAAACAAAUCAAUACAAGAAAUUAUUGCUGAAGAUGUUGCUGUUGUGAAACUGCUUUGUGAAUGGGCUGUUACAACUAAACGAUUGGGUGAAUAUCGUUCCAGAAUAGUGGCAAAAUUGCUCGAAAGAAGACAAAAUGAGAUACUACAGGAAAAGGAUAAUUUCAAUAAUGAAGUUGAAAAUGCCGAAAUCAACAAAAAUCAUGUUGAUUCUGAUAACAAAGAAUUAACCAAUGGAUGGAAUAAUAAUGAAAAUAAAUCAACAUCAAUUAUUAAUAACGAUAACAUUCCUUUGUAUCAAAAUGUCCUGUUCGAAUUUCUCGAUCAAUAUGCACCAGUGGCUGAAGAUAAAACAUUAGGAAUAUAUUUUUCCACCAACGCAUUUCCCAACAAUAAUUGUUCGUCUGAUAACAAACAAGCUUUUCAUAAUUUGGUUUUGUUAUUUGCCGAACUAAUUCGCCAUGAUGUAUUCUCGCAUGAUGUUUAUAUGCGAACAUUGAUAUCGCGAGGUCAUUUUGUUAAUCCACCAAACAUUUCAUUAAUUCCUUCAUCAAAUUCGAACCAUCCAAUCAAAAAUACGAAUGAAGAUUCGCUGACAGGAUUAUUACCACCAAACAUGGAAACGGUUUCAAAUGGUGGAUUGAUGAAUCCACUUCAUAAAAGUACAUCAUCAUCUUCACUGCCAAUGUUUGAUCCAUUAUCAAACAAUUCAAAUCUUAAUAGCAAUGAACAAUUAGUUUCGAACAUGUUUUCAAUCAAUGAAGAUGAAGAUAAAUUGGAUGAAGAUCUAGAUAAAAUUCUACAGAAUAUUAAAGCCGGACAACAAAGUAAAGAUGAUCAAAAUGAUAUACUACUUCCUGAUGCAAUGGAAUCUGAUAAAGAAGAUGAAACUAAUGGUCCAAAUUCGGUGAACACUAAUUCAACAUCAUUAUCUGAUCUUACCAAUAACAAUAAAAAUCAAUUAUCCGAACAAAUCAAUGCCACAUCAAGACAUUUACUGUAUACAUUGCAUUUCCCUUUACCUCAAGAAGAAUCAUUUAUGCAUGAAUGUAAUCAACGACAUAUACUUUUAUAUGGCGUCAGUAAAACAAAAGAUGAAGCUCGACAUAUCGUAAAAAAAGUCACAAAAGAAAUUCAAAAAUUAUUCAAUCGAAAAAGUUCAUUAGACAUCAAUGACAAUGGCAAAGUAAAAAAACAUGUUAUCAAAGAAGGAUUCAAUUUUGAAAAUGCUAUUGCAAAAUUUCAAAAUCUAUCCAUUUUCGAUCAACAUGUUGUUACAAAUACAUGUGCCAGCACAGUAUUGGAAAUGUUAAAUGGUGUUGUCGUUGGCAGCGCCAAUCACUUGCCAUUGAUCGAAUCGAUUGCAUUUCUUUUCGAUCUCAUGGAAAUAGCAUUAAAUGUUAAUGGUUUAGUGGAAUUUAUUGUCCAGAUGCUUCGAGAAUUGGUUGAAGUCGAAAGUGUUUUGAAGCAAAAAUGUCCAUUACUCGCUCGGCCAUAUUGUACAUCGAUUGGAUUAUACAUUGUUGGCGUACUUAAUCGUUAUCAUAAUUAUGUAGUUGCAUCCACCGAAGAUAUCUAUCAAAUAUUUGAUGGAUUAUGGAAAUUAGUUCGUAAUGUUAGUACACCUAAUGAUUGUUCAUCAGCCGAACGUUGUAUUUUCUUCUAUAUUGAUGAUCUAUAUUCGUCUUGUGCUUAUGUAUUGAAGAAAUAUCAAGAUAUAAUCAGUCCAAUUUCACAAAAAAUCAAAACCAUGAUUGCUAUCCGUGAUGAUAACACAAAAGGAUCGUUAAACCAUCCUUGUGUCAUGAUGCAAUAUUUGAAGAAUCCAAGAGAAAAAGUUGAUUCAAUUCAUAUUCGGCAAUUGAAUGAAAAUGCAUCAGAUCGAUAUUCAUUAGUGUUCAAUGCCAUUCGGUGUAUAACCGAAGCAAAUGAUAUGGAUUAUCUGAACGAAUUGUCUGUACUUUGUGCCGAAUUAACUGCUUCAUGUUGGCUACUAUCGAAUGAAUGGUUCGACGCUAUUCAAGCUUUAUGCAAUCCAAAAUGUAUGAAUGAUUACAUAUCGUUACUUACACAAAUCAACAUUGGUGAUCGUAGUAUCUAUGACAAUCUUGCUGUUUUCGUUUCAAUUCUGGUGGCACGUCGAUGUUUCAGUCUCGUAGAUUUGAUUUAUCGUGUUUUUAUUGGCUCACUUCUGAUACCAACGGUCGAAAGUGGAGAAGAAACUGAACGAAAAGCUAGACUUUGUUGUCAUCUCAUACUUUAUUUAUUCAAAUAUUAUAAUUCACCAUUAGCUGCUUCAAAUUCAGCCAUGAAUUCUUCGUUUGCAUCAUCAUCACGUUACUCAUUGACUAGCCCUGGUCCACUUGGCCUUUCAACAGUAGCACCCACCUUAGGUUCAGGUCAAAAAUCUCCAUUCAAUAUCAAAUAUGCUUGCGAUCGUUAUCUUCUUGGUGGAGCACUAAAUUCAUUACAACUUGAAUUGAUUCUUACACUUUUGAAAGCUAUCAUGAGACUUGGGACUCAAGAGAAAAAAGGUUGCGAGAAAAAUUUUAAAUCUGAUAAAUCAGAUUUUGAUUCGUUUUACAAACCUAUGAACAAUGAAGAUGAAUUCAGCGAUAGAACCUAUUUAAGUCAGAUAGCUAAAUCCAAAAUAGAUUCAACAGAAAAACCAUCGCUUUCUGAUUUUGCCAAAUACGUAUUACGUCAGGUUUGUCUGCAGGAUUGGGUACAUGAUCGAUGUCUACGUGGUUUCAUGAUUCAACCAAAUUCAGUAAAAAAAUUAUUUGACAAAAAAAUCUCAUAUGAAGAUUCUCAAUGUUUGCUCAAUAUGAUAUGUUAUCACAAACAAAUCAUGCCACCUCCAGUGAAUAUUAAUGAAAAAAUUGAUUCAAAACAAAUAAUUCAUAUAUUUCAAAAUCUUGACGAAUGGUCGUUACGAAUCUCAUGGUUACAGUUGCAUUUAAUAUAUGAAAAUCUUGCCAUCAAUUCACUAUCGCCACAAAGUAAUUAUGAAUGGUUAGAUACGUUAGCGCCAGCCAUAAUGGAUUACUUUCAGCAAUCAUGUCAAAUGGAACCUGUUUUGAAUAGCAAAAAUCUAACCAUUUUCACAUCGAAUAGUUCCAACAUGAAGAAUAAUAUGUUGACUUUUGGUAAUAAUAAUAAUAAUAAUAAUUCCAAUGAACGAAUAUGGCUAUUAAAACCAUUAAUUUCGAAGCUGCCACUUCAAAGUAAAAUUCUACGUUUUGCUGCCAAUAUGUUCGAUUCAUCGAAUUGGAUUCUAUAUUCUCAAAAUCAAUCUGGUUCAAUGAGCUCAAAAAGCAAAUUUGGAUUUCAAGGAUUCAAAAAUUCAAAUAAUCUUGCCGGAAUUACAUUGAACAAUCAGAAUCCAACAACAACACUGUUGUCAUAUCAGCCUUUCGUGUCUUUAUUACUGAAAUGUUUGAAUUCAAAAGAAGAUCAUAAAGAACUCAUUCUAAAAUCAAUGCAUUCACAAUUGUUACAAUGCAUUAAUGAGAAAUUAAGUGAUGAUGUUCGAUCGAAAAGUUUCAUUCAAGAAGGACUCCAACUUCGGCUUAGUUUAGUUGGCGCAAUAUUCGAAACAAUCAAAUCAUCAACAUCAUUGACCAAUGAUUGGGUAGUUUUAUUAGCACAAUUGAUCAGCUAUACUAUUGUUGAUCCACAUAUUAAUUAUGUGAAUUUUUCCACUGUAUUGGAUAUGCUUACAUCGUUGAUGCAUUAUUCACAUGCAUCAAAUGUUUUACCAGAACAACGUGAAGAAACAAAAAAACUAAAUCAAAAUUUGAUUAAAAAAUUGAAAAAAGAGCUCAAUGUUGAAAGAAUCGGACUAGGAGUUCGAAUGGCUAAACAAUUAUUACCAUUGGUUAAACAUCAAGCUGAAGUGAUAGCAUGUGAAGCUAUGGGUUCUUUGGUCGAUACCAAAGGAAACAAAAUAGCCGGAUUCGAUUCUAUUGAUAAGAAACAAGGCUUUCAAGCAGCUGAAAAACAGAAGCUUUCACCAUGGGAUCUGAUUGAAGGCGUUAAAAAUUAUGUUCCAUUAAGUUGGACAUGGUUUGGAGCCAUAAAAAUGGAACGUAAACCUUUACGAAUGGAAGAGAAUUUCUGUCUUCUUGCUCGCCAUGAUCAUGAUAUAUACCCUGCUUCUUCAUUCUAUAUAGAAUCACCACCUGUACCACCUGAAGAUGAACCACCACAAUUGCAAACACAACCACAAGUAUCAUCACAACCGAUCAUGUCUCAGAAUCCAUUGCCACCACCACAACUUGGCUACAAUCAAGCUCAUCCGGUAAUAGCGCCAAACGGAUCUAAUAUAUCUUCUGUUGGUCAAGCAACUGGACCAGCACCUCCGCCGGCUCUUAUGAACAAUAUACCACCACAGUCUCAUUCUUUUAAUCCUUCACAUCAAAGCACAAUGCAUCAUCAACUUCAUCAAGGACCGCCACAUUCUAAUCAAGGACCGCCUAGUAAUAUGGGCCCUGGUGGUUUCCAGUAUCACAUGAAUCCGAUUGCAAUGAGCUCGAAUAACAUACUUCAUGGUGCAAUACAAGGUCCUACCGGUCCCAAUGGUACAACUUUACCACCGAAUGUAAUGCAUUCAUCUCCAAUCGUACAACAAGUUCCUACACAACAGCCUCCUCAUAUGAUGAACAGUAGCAGCAAUGAACCAACUUCGCAUAUGAAUCCACAAAAUCAUCCUAUGAUGAUGGCAUCAUUGAAUAAUUCAUCAAUGAUGCCUAUGCAAAUGGACAUGAUGGAUACACCACCAUCAGGUCAGCCAAAUCUUGGCCGUUCUAUGCCUGGUCCUGGAACGAUUCCCGGUUUGAGACCAUCAAUGACUCCAAGUAACAUGCCAAUGCCACCGAUGCCGACUGUAAAUACUAGAGCACAAGCGCCUAAAAAACCUAAAGCUACUCGAAAACGACGAAAUGCAAAAAAUCAACAAGCAGUCAAUAUUGCCCCAAUGCCAAAUCAGCCCACUCCUCCUGUACGAAUGUCGAAUUCUUUCGAUAACUAUAACUCUAAUCAAGUCAAUUCUAAUCAGAAUGCCGCCACCAAUUGGAACUAUCAAAAUCAAAAUUCACAACAAUCUAACAUGAAUUCCAACAAUCAAUCAUUCUAUCAUCAAUCAGGAUCAGGCCCUGGCCCUAAUCAAACAGGAUCUUCAAUGAUGAUUCCACAGCAGGCGCCUAAUCAGCGAUUUCAGGGACAAGUGAUCCAACCAAAAGAACGAUUACGUGCAAUGCUCCAUCAUCGACAUCCGAAUCCUAAUCAAUUCAAUAUGAAUCAAAAUGAACCAUCAGUGACAAAUGUAGUCAAUUCCGGUCCAAUGAUGAAUAAUCAACAACCAACUGGCCAAAUGUUUUCAUCUCGUCAUCAGAUGCCAUCGAUGAUGCAAAAAACUCAAAUCAGAUCACAAGGACCUCAACCCCAAAAUAAUCAAUCGAUGACCAAUCAAAAUAAUAUGUUCCAACAACAGCAACAACAACAGCCACCACCACCACCAACUCAACAACAAUUAAAUCAAAUUAAUCCUGCUCCUAUGCAUCACCAUAUGCAACAAUCAUCAAAUUUUAGACCACCACCUUCUGUCCAGAACGUACAAUUCAAUAACAAUAUGCAAUCAAUGGAUAGUUCAAUGUCAAUAUCAGCCAAUCAAAAUUACCAGCAGCCAACAUCAAAUUCACAGCAACAAAAUAUGAUGAUGAGACCACAAAUGGCAAUGAAUUCACAACAACAGAAUCAAGGACAAUUCAUGCAACAAAGAUCUCAAUUUACCAACUUUGGAGGACAUCAAGUUCCACCACAAGCUCAACAACAAACACAACAGCCACAACCACCUCCUCAACAACAGCAAAUGAUGAAUAAUUGGCAAGGUAAUCAAAUGGGACAAAAUCAUCCAAGGGCACCAAUGACUCAGCUUCAACGGCAACUUUCGACACCAAAUCCAGGACAGCUUCAAGGCUCAUACCCAUAUUGAUUUGUUUUUAACUGAAUUUAAUUACAAAUGACCAUUUAUCUAAUUUUUAUCAAUUAUUUUGUAUAAUUUUGAUCAUAUAUUGUAUCUUUCUUCUAAUCAUUUUAAAUAAAUUAAUAAUAUAAUUAGGAUGUAUGUUAUCCAA